AUGGAACUUAAAACUAUUCCUGGUGAUCCAUUAGGACGUUCUUAUGUCAGUGGUAGUAAUGUGAACAAUAUGUAUUUAAUCGGCCCUGGCAUGCCAGAACCUAUUCUAGCUCUUGAUUUUUCUCAAAUAAAUUGUUAUCAACAACGACUUAGUGCUGGUCUUUUGUCGAUGUUUCCAAAUGGCAAACGUUUAUUAAUGACUUUUCAAAUGCGAUAUGUCGUUUUAGUGAAUAUAGCAAGACCAGAAAAACCAAAUAUUCUUCGUGUAUUUGACUUUUGCUCUAUUCAAACAAUCCAACAUGUGAAAAUUGGUAUUCCUGGUUCAUUCAAACAUACAACUUUUGCCCAAUUCUGUACUCAAAAUAAUAAUAAUGUUGGUUCACAUACUGUUAUAUAUCCGAAAGAUGAGAAUCGAUUCAUUGUGAUAAACUAUUUUCUCAAAUUUGGCUUGGCUCAAUUUCCCGGCACACGAACUAUGCAUGCAUUUAAACUCAAUAAGGAUCUGACAGAUUUCGAAUAUGACCAUAGGUUUAAUCCUAAUUUUCAAUCUGAUGUUUCACCCAAUAAACAACGUCAAACACUCCAUUCACUACAAGCAUAUCCGCACCAUCUUCAAUAUUUGAAGUUAGACGAAAAGAAACAUUAA